AUGCCACCAUCCCAUCUCCAUGCCGGCACUAUCCUGGCGGGAUCUCCAUCCUGGAGUGCCAUCCCAUGUCCGUCCCAUCUAUGGAUUAAACACCAUCCCAUCUCCAUCCUGGCAUCAUCCCAUCUCAAUCCCGACACCAUCCCAUCUCCAUCCCGACACAAUCCUGACACCAUCCCAUCUCCAUCCCAACGCCAUCCCGACACAAUCCCUUCUCCAUCCCGACGCCAUCCCGACACAAUCCCAUCUCCAUCCCAACACCACCCCGACACAAUCCC